AUGAACAAAGUUCUAUUACGGAUAUUUGCGGCUAUAUUCCUGCUGGGGAUAUUGAUGGUGGAGGCCCAACCAGAUGGACGAAUUGUGGGUGGAGCAGAUACCUCCAGCAUUUAUACCAAAUAUGUGGUUCAGCUGCGCAGGCGCAGUUCUUCGACUAGUGCCUAUGCCCAAACCUGUGGCGGAUGCAUCCUGGAUGAGGUGACCAUAGCAACCGCUGCCCAUUGUGUGUAUAACCGUCUGGCGGAGAACUUUCUGGUGGUGGCUGGCGACGAUAGCCUCGGAGGGAUGAAGGGCGUGGUGGUGCGGGUGACGAAACUGAUUCCCCACGAGCUGUACAAUGCCUCGAUUACGGAUCACGACAUUGCCCUGGUGAUUGUGGAUCCUCCCCUGCCCCUGACCAGCUCGAGCACUAUGGAAGCCAUUGAAAUCGCCUCGGAGCAGCCGGCAGUGGGUGUCCAGGCCACUGUCAGUGGAUGGGGAUACACCCAGCAGAACGGCCUGUCCUCCAACCAGCUGCAGCAGGUCAAGGUGCCAGUGGUGGACUCCGCCAAGUGCCAGGAGUCGUACUACUGGCGUCCCAUCAGUGAUGGUAUGCUCUGCGCCGGCCUGCCGGAGGGCGGAAAGGAUGCCUGUCAGGGAGAUUCCGGAGGACCUCUGGUUGUGGACAACAAGCUGGCUGGCAUCGUCUCCUGGGGACAAGGAUGUGCGCAGCCCAACUAUCCCGGAGUUUAUGCCAAUGUGGCUUACUUUGGGGACUGGAUUGCCAAGCAGCGAGCGUCGGGUAGACCGUCAGAUAAGCCGUGCAGUUGCCGGCGAAGUGGUAAAGGCCCUCAGUUCUCGAUUCUGUGUGGCUGUGCAAACAUGUCGAGCUCUUGGUUGUUUUGCCUCGCGGGCUUUCUGAUUUGCCUGCUGGCCUUGACGCAAGGUCUUCCCCUCCAGGAGACUGAGGAGCAGGACGAGAAGAGCCUGCCCGGGGGCCGCAUCGUGGGUGGCACUGUGACGGACAUUGCCCAGGUGCCCUACCAGAUCUCGCUGCGUUACAAGGGCAUCACCACGCCGGAGAAUCCCUACCGCCAUCGCUGCGGUGGUGCCAUUAUCGCCGCCAACAGAAUCUUGACGGCGGCGCACUGCGUCAUCGGCACGGUGGCCAGCCAAUUCAAGGUGAUCGCCGGGUCAAAUUACCAGACCGGUUCGAAUGGCGUCAUCACCAAUGUCAAGGACAUCAUUAUGCACGAGGACUACUUCUCGGAGUUUGCCUACAACAACGAUGUGGCCAUUCUCGUUGUAGAUCCACCACUGCCCCUAAACAACUUCACCAUCCAGGCCAUUAACAUGUCCUCGGAAGAGCCACUUGAGGGAGCGAUCAGCAAGAUCAGCGGCUGGGGCACCACUUCACCCGGUGGCUCAUCCUCGAACCUACUUCUCUCCGUCGAGGUGCCGAUUGUGAGCAACGAGGUUUGUGGUAAGGAUUACGAGAACUUCGGGGACGAGACCUACGGCAUCACUCCGUCCAUGUUGUGUGCCGGCAAGCGGGGCGUGGGUGGUGCGGAUGCCUGUCAGGGUGACUCUGGUGGACCCUUGGCGGUGCGGGGUGAACUCCACGGCAUCGUGUCCUGGGGCAACAGUUGCGCCCUGGCCACUCAUCCCGGCGUCUAUGCCAAGGUGGCCUACCUGAAGCCCUGGAUCGAUGCCAGGCUAUCAGAGCUGGAAGCCCGGCAAGCAGAGCUCUAUUCGAUAGGAACCUCACGCCCGUGCAAAUCGAUGGAAAGGACCAUGUGCAUUCCGCUGCUGCUGCUGGCCAUCGGAUUCUCCUCCGUUUUAUCCAUCUCAGCCCAACCGGAGGGCAGGAUAAUCAAUGGGACCACAGUGGACAUAGCCCGGCAUCCGUAUCUGGUGUCCCUACGCUAUCGCCGGGAUGAGGAGUCCAGCUACAAGCACGAGUGUGCCGGAGUCAUCAUCUCGGAGCAGGUGUUGGUCACCAGUGCCCAGUGCAUCGAUGGCCUACCGGAGGGCACUAAAAUUCUAGCUGUGGCUGGAGCAAAUACCCGCAAUGGAACCGAUGGCUUCAUUUACCCCGUAUCGAAUUGGACCCAUCAUCCGAACUACGAUCCCCUCACAGUCGACAAUGACGUGGGAGUCUUGUUCCUGGACACACCCCUGAACCUCACGCACUUUGGCAUCAGAUCGAUUGGCAUCCGUCCGGAGCGUCCGGCUGUGGGUCGAUUGGCCACCGUUGCCGGAUGGGGAUAUCGGGAGGAGUGGGGUCCCUCCAGUUACAACCUGGAGCAGACCGAGGUGCCAGUGGUAAGCUCCGAGGAGUGCACCCAGAUCUACGGUGCGGGUGAGGUCACCGAGCGGAUGAUCUGUGCCGGAUUUGUGGCCCAGGGAGGCAGUGACGCCUGCCAAGGGGACACUGGAGGUCCCCUGGUCAUCGACAAUCAGCUGGUGGGCCUGGUGUCCUGGGGACGAGGAUGCGCCCGACCCAACUACCCCACCGUCUACUGCUACGUGGCCAGUCUUGUGGAUUGGAUCGAGGAAACAAUCGCAGCGGCCGGAUCGCAAUAAACAUUGGCAUUUCUAAGGCAAUCGAAACGCUAUCUUCAAGUGCCCACCGCCCGGAUAGAGCUACCUAAUUCAAUAAUAAAACCGUAAUCAAACAAACAA